AUGGCUACCGCAGUUCAACCGGCCAUGUCGAUGGCGCCCUUCAACAGCCUAUCUAAUCAGUGCGUCGAUCCCAACGAGUUCUUCGACUUUGGUCAGAUGCCCUCGCCCACUCAGCCCACCACCCUCAAGCGUGAACAGAGUGCUACGUCGGCUAUGGGCAGCCCGACCAGCACCAACAUCGACGACGACCUUCAGACUCCAGCAAAGCCUAGCCACGAGUACGAACGCUUCAAGCAACAGACCGGCCUUCCCUCUGGAUCCAUUGCCGGCCUCGCUCCCAACUACAACACCGGCUUCCCUCUCUUCUCCUCGUCCGGCCUCGACGAAAUGGCCAUGAUGGGAGGCGACUCCAUCAUGGAUGGUAGCGGCUGGAACAGCGGACUCCCCAUGGAAGUCCCCAUGAACAUGGGCAUCGACUACCGCAGCAACAGCUUUGUCUUCAACGAAGGCUCCCAAGACGAUUUUGUCGACCCCAGUACCAUCACUCAAGAGGAGGUACCCAACGUCCGCGUCUGGCCUGGUAUGCACCAGCAACAAGCUGCUAUGGCCAAGGCGCAGGCGCAGGCCCAGCAGCAGCGAGCACAGCAGUUGGCCCACCAGAAGCAACAGCAAGCCCUGCAACAACAACAACAACAACAACAACAACAAAUACCUCAGUCCCGUCUGCCUUCCACUAGCCAGGCCAGCCGCAAGACUUCAAGCCCACUUAGUGACGCUCACACUGAAGAGAUGAUCACCCGCGUUGUCGCACAGAUCCGAGCCGACAGCCAAAACGCCUCAACAUCCAUGCAAGACAACAACCAGGGUCUACUCCCCCACAUCAUCCGCGCCAAGAAGGACGAGGAGGAUAUGGAUGAGGAUGAGAGGCUACUUGCCUCCGAGGAGGGCAAGAAGCUCAGCUCCAAGGAGCGCCGUCAAUUGCGCAACAAGGUCUCUGCGCGCGCCUUCCGCUCAAGGAGAAAGGAAUACAUUGGCCAACUCGAAGGUGAAGUCGCCAUGAAGGUCAACGAGGCCAACGAGCUCCGCGCCCAGAACCGUCUUCUUAUGGAGGAGAAUGCCCGCUCGCGCGCAUUCAUCGAGCGCCUUCUCCGCCACCAGGCCUUCACUCCCUUCCUCGAGGAGCUCUCCCGCGACGAGUCUCUUCAGAUCAAGGCUCCCAUGACUGCCAUGCCUACCUCUUCCGCUGCCGUUACCGCUGCCCCCGCUCCUGCCUUCCAGCCCCAGCCGCAGUUCAACGCCAUGUCGCAGCCCGAGAACCCUCAAGUUACCAUGACAAUGGCUCCUGAACCCCAGAUUGACUUUGCCAUGCUCAACUUGAACAACUCCAAUAACGCCAACCCCAACUGGAACGUCAACAAUGGCUUCAACUUCCAGCAGCCUGUUGCUUUCGCCGUUACCGAGCUUCCCGAGGGUCCCUCCAACCCUCUCGACACCCAGGCUAUGUCCGGCAAGGGAUACAGCGCCAUCUUCAACGCUGAGGAUGAUGCAUCUGUUGAGGAGGUCAAGGCUGACUACCCCAUCAUCAAGAACUCUGUUCAAUCUACACAGCCUACUGCUGCACCCGUUGAUGAGGCUGAGGAACAAGACGACGAGUAUGACCUCUACUACUCCUCGCCUGCUCGCACCACUACUGCCUCCGCCCCACUUGAGGAGCAAGAGGUCUUCUUUACUAAUCCCGAGAAGGUUUUUGCACACUACUCACUCGUCCUUUCCGAUGAGGCCAACGAGGCACGUCUUGCAGAGCGUCUAGAAAGGAAGAUCGCCGCCAUGAACACAGUCAUGCAAAGAAUAUCCGACAUCACAUCGAUGUUUGAAUCAUAA